AUGAGAACGUCAACUCUCUUCAACGCCCUAUCGGGGGCCGCCGUGGUGGCGGCGGGUGUGCUGGCGAUGGACCUCGGCGACGAGAUGCGCAUGGGAUGGAAGUAUGGCCUACUGCCGCGGCAGACGACGCAGAACCUGCAGACUUUCGAGGGGAAUUUGGGCGGUGUACAAGCCGAGAAUCGAGAUCCUCAAGGGGGGAGCAAACGCUUAGCUCCGGGGAGAGGUUCGGUGUGGCGUUCAAUGGGUGGCGCUGUUUCAGGAAUUACCAAGUCAAAUUACCCUAGUAGACCGUUCGAGGUCGACGGUGAUACUUUUGUGAGUUUCUUCCGCCUGAUCCCCGACCCCGACUUCAACACCGCCGCGGGCCGAUCUUGCGACAACCAGAAGAACAAGUGCUCACAAGCAGCCAACAACGGGCCGCAAAAGUUUGAGGUGACCAAGUGUGACGAGCAAGCUGAGCAAUGCAAAAAUACAAUCGACACAAUCACAAAGCAGAGCUUUAGCGACCCAGUUUGGUCGAGCGACAUGUUGGUUGUCGGCGGCCGCGGUGACGAUGGUAUUGCUGUCUUAAGAGGCUAUGUGAAUGGAGUCACGUCGGCAUGUGUAUACUGA